GCCCACUAGUUGCUUUCUGCUGAGUGUUGGUGGCGAUAAAAAGAGCAAAGAGGAGACGGGAGACGGCCUAAACCAAACUUUUUUCUGUCGUUGCACUUUGGCUGUUGCAUCUUCUAACCGUGCACUUUCACUCUCAAACGACAACCAACGACAGUUGAAAGGACAAGCGCAGAGCAACAUGAGGGAAGCUGCUACUUUGAUAGAAACUUCAAUCACAGUCUGAUAAACUCUCCAGAAUCAAUGCAUGAUGCUCCGUCUGACUGCAGGGCGCGUGGGAAGCCUGGUGGCGAGGCGCGCGGCUGUUGCCUUGACUACCAGCAGCGCAAGGAUGGCUAGCCAUGGUCACGUAUUCAGAGGGCCUAUGUACCAGAUCAGGAGGCCUCAGGCUGAAGUGACCUCAAACCAGCAGAUGGCACUGCCGCAUCACGAAAACAGUUUGGUUCCACACGUGUCUCUGUCCAUCCAUCCAGAGGUGUCAGAGGCAGUGGACAUGUCUAAGCCGAUGUACUGGGACCGUCGGGAAAUCCCCCUCCCUGAUAAACGCUACAAAGACAUCCUGACCCCUGCUGACAAGAGCCUGAAGGAGAAGGAGAAGGGACCCUGGGGCCAGCUGAGCAACGAGGAGAAGCUGGCCUUGUACCGGCUCUCCUUCUGUCAGACCUACCCAGAGAUGAACCAGUCGUCAUCAGAGUGGAAGACUGUGGUGGCCGGGGUGUUGUACUGCAUAGGCCUGACGGGCCUGGUGAUCAUUUGGCAGACAGCCUACGUGUCCCCUCCAGCCCCCAGGACCUUUGACGCUGAGUGGCAGGCCAAACAGGUGAAGAGGAUGUUGGACAUGAGGGUUAGCCCCAUCGAGGGCUUCGCUGCCCAGUGGGACUAUGAGAAGGGCCAGUGGAAGUAGAGAGAGCUGACCUCCAUGUGUUGAAGAUCUGAACGUGGCAUUGAUACAGUUAGAAACACUAGAAGGAUAGAGCAACUCCACAUUUCCUGUUGGCCCCGAUAGCUGUUGGUCAGGGGCCUCUUCUCGAACCACUGCAGCCUUGUAUCCGUCCUAUUGUGACCUUAUUAUAAUAAAAACAGUUCUGCCUCUGUAAAA